AUGCGUGUUCCGACGUUACUAUUCCUUGCAACGACAUAUGUGUCUGCCCAUGACGAAAAGAUACCGUCUGUGCAUGAUCCAAUCGUGUCCUUAGAUCACGUCGAUCACUGUGCAACACUUGGUUAUGAUAUUCACGCACUGGAUUGCCGUCUAUGUGACGAAUUAGCGACGUAUUUAACAUCAACCACGUUACAAUAUUCAGUCAAGAAGAAACGUGUUACUUCAGUGACUCAAGAGUGUCACGAAUGUUGUUCGAAUUUUUCCAAAGUUUUGGAAGCCGAAGGUCGUCGGUAUGUAAAAGCGGUAUUAGCCGUCAGUCAAUACCGUUUACGACGGUAUCCAAAGGUUGCAAACUUUGUGGAACACCACGCUCCUCAGAUGAAGCGAGUGGAAGUCAAAGAGACGAAUUAUCGACUUCCAACGUUACAAUUCUAUGACAAGGAAGGAGAAAAGAUGGAAGAAAUGAGUGUCGCCUACUGGGAUGAAAAGUCUAUUGGAGAGUUUAUUGAGAAUAAAUUACUGCCAGAGGAGACAGAGGAGGAAGAUAAGGACGUGAUGAAGAAUGAUGACAAGGUUCAAGUCAAGACGGAGCUAUGA